CCACUCCCACCCCCAACCAAGGCCUGCUGACCGCGCCGAGCUGGACACACCACCGCUGCUGGGAGACGGGAGAGGAAGCAGCCGGCCCUCCCCUGGGUUCGCGCUCCCGCCGACUCUGAGGGAAUUGAAUUGAGGCGCCGCGGCUGCGGGAGCUGAAAAGGAAGGAGGAGCCGUCGCGGGACUGAGACGGGGGCAGAGCCGAAGAGACCAACACAGAGAAGGAAACGAGGAGGAGGAUGUCUCACUGGGCGGCCAGCGCCUGGAUCAGCCCGUGACUGUUACAGCGGCGGGCCUCAGACCCCAGCGCAGACUCGGACUUUGUCUUUGGGGGCCGGUGUUCUGCCCUCCCCGGUUUCUGGCAGGAUCCAGAGGAGCCGGCGUGCCUCUCUGCCCUCCAGCCUUCUUCACCAUGUCCAAGAUGCCGGCCAAGAAGAAGAGCUGCUUCCAGAUCACCAGUGUCACCACGGCCCAGGUGGCCACUAGCAUCACCGAGGACACCGAGAGCUUGGACGACCCGGAUGAGUCACGCACAGAGGACGUCUCCUCCGAGAUUUUCGACGUCUCUCGGGCCACGGAUUAUGGCCCUGAGGAGGUCUGCGAGCGCAGCUCCUCCGAAGAGACACUUAACAAUGUUGGGGAUACGGAGACUCCCGGGACCGUCUCCCCAAACCUCCUUCUGGAUGGGCAGCUGGCAGCGGCGGCGGCUGCUCCCGCCAACGGAGGAGUCGUCGUUUCCACCCGGAGCGUGGCUGGGGCGCUUGCCAGUACCCUGGUGGCGACCGCCACUUCGUCCCCCGCCUCCGGAGCACCCGGCGGCCCCCAGGUCGCGGGCUCAUCCGCCGGGCCAGUGACUGCAACCCCAUCUCAGCCUCCCACCACUUGUAGUUCCCGUUUUCGUGUGAUCAAGCUGGACCACGGGAGCGGAGAGCCCUAUCGACGCGGCCGAUGGACGUGUAUGGAAUACUAUGAGAGGGAUUCAGACAGCAGCGUCCUGACUAGAUCCGGGGAUUGCAUUAGACACAGCAAUACUUUUGACCAGACUGCAGAGCGGGACAGCGGCUUGGGAGCCACGGGAGGGUCGGUGGUGGUAGUGGUGGCUUCCAUGCAGGGGGCGCACGGGCCCGACUCGGGAACUGACAGCUCCUUGACUGCUGUGUCACAGCUACCCCCGUCGGAGAAAAUGAGCCAGCCCACUCUGGCCCAGCCGCAGAGUUUUAGCGUUGGGCAGCCACAGCCGCCGCCGCCACCCGUAGGUGGGGCUGUGGCUCAGAGCUCGUCUCCGCUGCCGCCGUUCCCGGGAGCCGCGACCGGGCCACAGCCGAUGAUGGCAGCCUCGCAGCCAAGCCAGCCCCAGGGAACGGGGCCCGGAGGACAGACUUUGCCGCCGACGAAUGUAACCCUGACGCAGCCGGCUAUGCCCCUGCCUCCGCAGCCCGGCCCGGCUGUCGGCGCUUCUGCGACGCCGCAGCCCCAGCAGUUCGCGUAUCCUCAGCCUCAGAUACCGCCCGGACAUUUGCUGCCCGUCCAGCCAUCCGGCCAGAGUGAGUACCUGCAGCAGCAUGUGGCCGGCCUGCAACCGCCAAGCCCCGCACAGCCCUCGUCCACUGGCGCCGGAGCGAGCCCCGCCACGGCGGCCAGCCUUUCCGUGGGCACUGGCCAGAAUGCCUCUUCGGUGGGCGCGCAGCUCCUAGGCGCGUCUUCCCAGCCCAACGAAGCGGUGCCCCCCCGGCCGGGACCAGCGCAAGGCGGGCAGGUCGCGCCGUGUCAGACGGCUGGAGUGUCCCCAGCUGCUGUGGGAGGCGUGGUGCAGGCUGGCAUGGGUUCUGCCGGGGCUGGGCAGCCCCAGUCCGUGCCUCCGCCGCAGAUGGGUGGCAGUGGUCCACUGUCAGCCGUACCUGGUGGCCCUCACGCCGUGGUGCCCGGAGUCCCAAACGUGCCUGCAGCCGCGCCCGCUCCAAGCGUGCCUGGUGUGUCUACCACUUCUGUUACUAUGCCAAAUGUACCCGCGCCUCUGGCCCAGUCGCAACAGCUGAGCAGCCAUACGCCAGUCAGCAGGAGCAGCAGCAUAAUCCAGCACGUUGGGCCGCCCUUAGCGCAAGGAGCACACAGUGCACCAACAAGUCUACCACAGUCUGACCUAAGCCAGUUUCAGACUCAAACCCAGCCUUUAGUCGGGCAAGUCGACGAUACUAGAAGAAAAUCAGAACCCCUACCUCAACCACCACUUUCUCUCAUUGCUGAAAAUAAGCCUGUUGUGAAGCCGCCUGUUGCAGAUGCCCUGACAAACCCCCUUCAGUUAACACCUAUGAACAGUCUGGCCACCUCUGUAUUCAGCAUAGCUAUUCCUGUUGAUGGCGAUGAAGACAGGAAUCCUUCAACUGCUUUCUACCAAGCGUUCCAUUUGAACACGUUUCAGGAAUCAAAGAGCCUCUGGGAUAGAUACCAGAAACUUUUAAGGUAUCAGAAAUGAGGCAAGUUGCUGUAUUUAUAGUUUCUCAUGGGUUGAAAAUAUUUUCUCAUCUCCUUGGAGCCUGUUGUCCAGAGCCAAAGAAGUUAGUGAAUAUUUGUCUGUAGUGUGUUAAUGCCAAAAUAUAAUCAAAUAUAAUCAAAAUAUCAGGUCAGCCAUUCUUCACUGUAAAUUGGCAUUGCGGGUACUAAGGUGACAAGCCCAACCUAAUAGAAACUGACUAGUGGCUUCCUUUUAACUUUUCAACUAACUUACUAAAUUUUCCACUGAGAGGAGCGAUCAUAGCUAACUUUAUUAGUUUUAAUAAUCUAUACUUUCAGUUGGCAAAUAUCUACAGAAUUAUUGAUAGGUAUAUCAGUUAAUAAAGUAUCAUGAGACCAUUUAUUCCUUGCAAAUGAGUUGAAGAUUUGUGUGUGUUAAGCUAUAAAAAAUAUUAAAUAUAACUUCUGACCUUGUUUGUUUUGGACAUCACCAAAUUACAUUGUUCAUUUUUUACUAUUAUAAAUUUAGGAUUUUUUUUUACUUUACUACGAAUUUGGCAAACAGGUGUUUUGCAAGGAUGAUUCUUCUAUUAAAGAGAGACAUGGGCCGGCAUGGUGGCUUACGACUGUAAUCCUGGCACUUUGGGAGGCUGAGACAGGUAGAUCACCUGAGGUCAGGAGUUUUGAGACCAGCCUGCCAACAUGGUGAAACCCAUCUAUACUAUAAAUACAAAAAUUAGCUGGGUAUGGUGGCGUGUGCCUGUAAUCCCAGCUGCUCGGGAGGCCAAGGCAGGAGAAUUGCUUGAACCUGGGAGGUGGAGGUUGCGGUGAGCUGAGAUUGCGUCAUUGCACUCCAAUCUAGGUGACAAGAGCAAAACUCCGUCUCAAAAAAGAGAGACAUUUAGAAGUUUAAGGGACUGUAAGUCCCUAACAUUAUCUUCUAUAUUAUCUAUUUAUUUUGAGGCAUAAAUUCAUCCUGCUAUUGCUAGAUAACAAAUUUUAGGCUCCUAUUUAUGAAAUGUUGGAAAUCAUUUUCAUUAGAAGCAGCUUUUAAGUGUCUGUUUUCAGUAAACCUGCCCUAAAUUGCUUAAUAUCCCUAGUUUGAGUUUGCCUAACUAGAAAGAUGGGAAUGUCCUUUUUUCCCCAGGAUUCUUUCAACUUAGCAGAAUAUCUUUUAAUCCAAAUAUAAGUAACUAAUGUACCUUUCUCAUAUUGGCUUAAAGUUUUUUAAUGGCCCCUUUGUUUCCUUCCAUAUUUCAAUUAGAAUUGGCAAAUUAAUAGACUUUUCACCAAGCAGUCUGCCUCUGCUUAUAUUUAGAUAUUUUCUCCUUCCAUUUAUAUCCAGUGCUUUACUCAGUUAUUGUACUAAAAUUGAAGCUACCCUCAAGCCUCCCUUUCCCUUUUUCUGUAGGUGCCAUCAUUGGUUUCUGUCUUCUCUAUUGGCCAUUUGCAGAGUCCUCAGGGAAUCAAUCAGCUGAAACCAUCUUCAAAUGUAGGGACAGUAGAUACUGAUAACUCAAACAUAAUCCAGUCCUUUCUUCAGAAGCCCAAACUGUUUUGAGUUGACUCUUUAUUAAAAUAAAUACUAUAGCUUCCAUAGUUAGCUUUCUGGGAGAUUAUCUUACUAUGGAGGAGUUACUUUUUAGUGAGAUCCUAGCCUAUUGGCAUUUCAGAAUAGUAACUUUAAAAUUUGACUUCCUAUUUUCUAAAGAACAGGCUUCCAAAGUUAAUACUUGGCAUUGCUUUGUUAAAUUGGCAGAAUUGGUUUAGAAACCUAUCUGAUGAUCACUGGGGAGCAGGUUCUCAUUGAGAGUCCUUUGUUUACAAAAGCUCAGCAUAAGAAAUUAUAGCAAACAAUUUUACUGUCUUCUAGAUACCAGGUCACUAAAGUAAAGGAGUACUAAAGGGAAGGAACUUCAGUUAGACUAAAGGAAGAAAUCAGGUAGUUUAUAAGGCUUUAACCUCAUUGAUAAACACUUUCAGGGCUUUUGUCUUCAUUAAGAAAUGCAUAAAUGUAGUUGAAACAAGUGAGACAGCAGUUGCUAGGUGCACCAUCCCCUUGAGUCUGCUUGUCUGUCCUUAUGAGAGCACCAGUAUUUAGAGAGAAGUUAAUAAGGAAAGUAGUAGACAUAAUUUAGUAACUUAAAAUGAAUAUCUAAGUUUAUCCUAAAUUUGUUUACUAGAUAAUUGAUGAUCUCUUAAAUUGUUUUCUACAGUGAUUAUUCACUUACAUUUAUUACCUCUAAUUUUAAAAUUAUUGGAUAAAAAAUGUGUUCUUAUUUAAAUAGCCUUAAGUAUUUUGUGUUGGGAAAGCCUUCCAGUAUUUCCUGUCAUUGUUCCUCGUGAGAUGUUAUUUUUGAAGCUAGGAAUAAAUUAGAACCAAGCUGCUUAUAUCAUAAAUACCAUUGGUACUGUAUGAGAUAAUUUAUUUUGCUUGGCUCAUCUGUAAGAAGCUUGGGUCCAUUGUUAACAUCCACCAGUGCUUGUUAUCCCAAAUGGUAAAACUCAGGUUGUACGACUUAGCUGAUAUAGCUUUUGAAUGCUUGGUGAUAGGACUUGUAAAAUUUUUUAUUGAAGUAUAAUUUGUAUUGGAAAAGUGUACCAUUAGUAAAUAUAUAGCUCAAAUUGAACACAUAUAUGUAGCCAGCACCCAGAUCAAGACAUAAAAUAUUAUAAGCCCAUUUCAUGACAUCAUCAUGUCCCCCAUCAGUCACUUCCCCUCCUAAUCCUGAUUUCUAAUGUUUUAUAUAUGUAGGACCAUACACUAUGCAUUUUGUGUCUGACCUCUUUCACCCAGUAUUAUGUUUGAGAUUCUUUGAGAUUCAUUUGUAUGGUUCUGCAGCAUUGUAGACAUGGACUAUAUAAUUUUAAAUAAUCACUCAAGUGGGUUAUUUGUUGGAGAUUGGUAUUGGUUAAAUGUUCUCUCUUAGUAAUUAUGCAUAAAUAUCUUGAGGAUAUGCACCUGAACUAUUUUGUGACCAACUCCAAUAUAUUCCUUACUAAUUUGUACCUAGUACUUACAUAAUUUAUUAUCUCAUUAUAUUUCAACCUAUUCCACUAAGACAUCUAGUAGAGGAUAAUCCAAGAAGCUAAAAAUUAGAGUAUAGAUUUUUAAUGACUAUCACCUUUUAUUCUUCCUCCCUCCCCCUCUUUCCUUCCUUUCUUCUUUCAUUUCCUCUUUCCUUCCUUCUUUUUUUCUUCUUGUUCUUCCUUCCUUAUUUUACUUUUUAAUUUGAAAUAAUUUUAAAGUUGCAAAAAUAGUGCUGAAGGUUCUUGUAUGUCCUUUACCUAGCUUCUGUUAGUGUUAACAUAUUAUACAACCUUAGUACAACUAUCAAAGUUAGAAAGUUAACAUUGAUAGAAUACUAUUAGCUAAACUACAGUUUUAUUAUUUUAAUUUUUCAAGUGUCCUUUUUCUGUUUCAGGAUCCAGAUCAGGAUUCCACAUUGUGUUUAAUAAUUAUGUCUUCCAUUUUAAUCUGUAACAAAAUACUGUUCCUUUAUUGAACAUAGUGAGUACCAAAUCUGGCCUUAUUGGUGUGGAGAGUUAGUUAACUAAGGUUGCCUCCAGAUUUCCACCUUUUCUGCAGUGCUUACUACAAUUACUAUUCUCACAGGACUCUUUUGUAUCACAUUAUAUAAAUGUUUUCAUCCGUAGUUUCAUCUGUAGUUCUUAAGUGAGGGAAGGGGAGAGGCCCAGGGUAAGAGGGGUAGGUAAACAUUGGUACUUAAAGGAUCAGGUGAAAGCUUUAUAUAUAAUCGCUCUAUAACUCGUAUUUGGAUCCCUGAUUUAGAUGGAAACAUAAGGUCAUGGUUAUGUUCAGAUAACAUUAAAUCAAGGAAGUGAUAGCUGUUGUGGAUGACAGCAUUUAUAAAUUUAACUGAAACAAAUACAGAAAUCAAGAAAUUGGAAGAACUUAUGUAAAGUCAGGGACGUUGACUAAGCAUAUCAGAAAAAAAUACUUAGCUAUGUGUGUUAAUGGCAUUUUGUAGUAUUGGUAAGUGACAGGGGUGCCACAAAAACUGUGAUUUUAGAUGAUGUUUCUAGAACUAGAGUAAGAAAUGAUGGUGACUAAUCUGUUUUACUCCAUUUCGACAGAAUAGUUGUUCUAAGUACAAAACUAACUAGAAAACCGAAUUUCUUUAUACUCUACUUGGACAUCCAUGGUGUUUCAACAGGCAGCCCUGAGUGAGCUUACUAUGAAUAAAUGGAUCCUCUGGGAAAUAGUCUUGCCAUCACUAGACGUAAUAAAACUAUCUAAUUGUUAACUAGGGAUGUUGAUUUUAAGUGAAAUUUAGUUUCAGUUACAUUUAAAAUGCCUACUCUGGGGUUUUAUUUCCCCCACUUUCCUAAAUGGAAAAGAAAAGCAGUAAGUACAAGCAUUGGAAUUGAACACCUUUGCUUCUGUUUUGUUAUUAUUGGCUGUGAUUAUCAGUAAACCUUAGAGAGCUGUGUAUUUGCUUAAGGAAUGGAAGGCUAGCAAACUAUUCCGCUCUUGUAGGAAAGAAUUCCACGUCAGAGACAGUAAGUGUUGGUCUGAAUAGAGAAACCAACGGAGCUUCCCUCAGAAGAAAAUGAGUGACAGUAAGCUAAUUUGGAAAUAAGAAUUUGCCAUAUAUAGUGGUGGUAAAUGAAGCCCCACAAAUAAGUAGGCACCCGUUAUCACCAUGCUGAUGAUUUCAGAAGCAUCUUAAAAACUAGUGAAUUAUUCUUUCCCAGGUGCCAGGCAGAGGUAGAGUAACAUGGAGAAAAAUAACUCACACAUUGCAUACUGAAGAACUUAAGGUUAACUUCACUUAGAAAUCAUGGACUGUAUAUAAAUGGGCGUCAGUCUAGGUCAUAGUCAUAGGACCAUAGGGAAAACCAGGCCUCAAAGUUUUUAAAAGCCACAAUGCUUGGUUAUGAAAUUGAUGGUCUCAAAAUACAAGUCAAAUUCUUGUUGAUGUGGAAAUAAGAGUAGUAUGUAGUAGAGAAAUACAGUUGUAUGUAGUGUAGUGAAUGUAGGUCAUUGGGGCUUUAAUGAAAGAUGAAAGAAGCCACUUAAAACUGUUAGAAACCCAAGCCUACAGUAAUCUGAAAAGCUACUUGGGAAGUUCAGUAAAUUAUUAGAUGCUUGGUCAUAUUAUAAAUAGUCUUUUUAACAACAUAUGUUUGUGCCAAAUUAUAGAUACUUGCUAUUUAAGGGCUUUUCCUGUUGCCAUCUUAAGUGGUUUUAGAUCACCUUUUCCAGUCAAAAGACUCUAAAGCCUUAAAAUCUCAAUUUUUUAGAGUAGCUCAGAAUGAAGCUAAGGGAAAAUAUCAGGAAAAUUUGCAAUUAUAUGACUCAGCAAAAGUUUGUUCUCCUGUAAUAGGUAAAUACUAGAAGAAAGACUAAGAUUUAGUAACUGCUUUCAGUGAGCUUGGUCUUAAUAUGGAAAACGGUAAAUACAUGAUCACAUAAUUGAAAGUGAUACCUGUCAUAUAACGUGUAAGCACUUCAUGUCUCUCAAGUACAGCUGAAGGAAUUGGUCAAAGUUUCUUCAGGAGGUGGGCUUUUGAGUUGGAAACUGAAAGAUGGGUAGAAUUUGGUCAUGCAGAAUUGAAGUACUGAGGGAAAGUGAACAUCCAGUUAGACUGAAAUACUGUGCAUCAAGUACUGGGCUUAUAUGAUAAGGAUAAAGUUAAAUUUGGUGGGUAUAUAACAUAUUCGAAGACAAGAAACGAGAGGGGUUAGAUUAGAGACAGAUUCUAGAAAGGUAUUGAAGCCUAAGUUAGGCAAUGGAGAUGAGAUAGGAAUUACAGGAUUUUACAACUGAUUAAUCAUGAUAAGGGAGCCGUCAAACUUGACUCCAAAGUGCCAAACUAAUUGACUGAGGGAAUGCUGGUUCUGUUAGGAAGUAUUAGUGAAAUAAUUUGUUUGGGAAGGAGAAAGUAGUGAAGAGGUUUUUCUUCUCAGCUGUUUUCUGGAUGAGUUGAUGAGCUGGUACAAAGUCAAGGUGAAAAUACUUGGGAUGCAGCUGAAGCUGUAGACUUGCAGCUUGGUAUAGAAAUUAAAGCUAGAAGAGAUUUAAGAAUGUUUUAAGAUUAGAACAUUUUGAGGAUAUUUUCUAAUCAGAAGAGAAAUGUCUGAAUCUUUUGAAAUAAUUUCAAAUUUACAGAAAAAUUACAAGAGUAGUACAGAGAACUCAAUCUUCUUACCAGGAUUCCAUGUUUGGGCAACAUGGCAAAACCUCGUCUCUAUAAAAAAUGCAAAAAUUAGCCGGGUGUGAUAGCCCAUGCCUGUCUGUAAUCACAGCUGCUUAGGAGGCUGAUGCACAAGAAUUGCUUGAAACCC